AUGAAGUUCCCCUCCAUCUUCAACGCCGCCGUCGUCGCCCAGGCUAUCUGCAGCGACGUCGUCUUGUCUGAAUUCACGAACCUAGAACUCGUCGGCCGUAUCGAGGCGCUUGGGGAGUUUGCGUCCAGGGCGAGAGAGGCGGCCAAAGAAUUCGAUACUCUAUCCAAUUCUCUGUCACUUCUUUUAUUGUAUAAAAAUAUUUACGGAAUAGCCAACACGGCCAAGUUGACGGUCAAGGACAUGAAAGGCAUGGACACCAUACCCAAGGGUGACGACGCCGACGACAUAUCAAAGGGCAUUUCGGAUUUUGCGGGCCACUACGAAACCUUUUUUAUGACCAUGUCUGAUGUGUCCCAAGCUGGCCGGAUUGGUAUUGAUGACCAAAUUUACAAUGAUCUGCAGGCGGAUAAGGCCGACCUUGAUGCGUUCUUCGCCAGGCUUAUUGAAGUCGUUCCAAGCGCUAGCUCUUUGAAAGCGAAUGGCGAUGGUAUUAAUCACCUACGCGAGCGGGCAGUCCAAGCAUGGAAGCCUGUGACUAAAAUGGUUGGGCUGCGCAGUCUCGGCCGCGCCUCCCGCCAGGCUCGGCGCGUCUAG